CCCCUUUUUCCUUCCCCUCUGUGGAUUGUGGGGCAGCAGUGGUUGGGACUGCAGGGGCCUUUGCUGGCUGGGACAUGGUUUCCACUUAUAGGAAUCUGGAAGAAAAGCCCAAGAAUUGAGGAGAGAAGUCACCAUGUCCCAACAAUGUACCAAGUCAUCUGGCCACUGGAAGAUCGUGGUGUGGGACCAGGAAGGGUUCCAGGGCCGUCGGCAUGAGUUCACAGCUGAGUGUCCCAGUAUUCUGGAGGUUGGCUUCGAGACAGUUCGAUCCAUCAAAGUGCAGAGUGGAGCGUGGGUGGGCUUUGAACAUGCUGGCUUCCAGGGGCAGCAGUUUGUCCUGGAGCGGGGUGAGUACCCAAGUUGGGAAGCCUGGAGCGGCAACAUCGCCUACCAUGUGGAGAGGCUCACCUCCUUCCGUCCUGUAGCUUGUGCAAACCACCGAGAUUCCAGGAUGACCAUCUUUGAGCAGGAAAACUUUCUGGGCAGGAAGGGAGAACUGAGUGAUGACUACCCCUCCCUGCAGGCCAUGGGCUGGGAGAACAAUGAGGUGGGCUCCUUCCGAGUCCACUGUGGAGCCUGGGUUUGCUCCCAGUAUCCAGGCUACCGAGGCUACCAGUAUGUUCUGGAAUGUGAUCACCACUCAGGAGACUACAAACACUUUCGGGAAUGGGGCUCCCAUGCUCAAACCUUCCAGAUUCAGUCCAUCCGCAGAAUCCAGCAGUGAUCGUCUCCACUCCCACCCCAGACAUCUGGCCUUGGCCAUCAAGAAUAAAUGUUUGUUCAACCUCA